UAACAUAUUCAAUCACUCAUAAAUGUAAUGAAUGAAGCUUUUUGUUUAUCAUUCGAUUUACCAUGAGCAAGUGAUGAUGGUGACAGAAUUUAUUUCGCUAUAACUAAUGUCUGUAGUUUUCAUUGGAUUAUAUUAUUUAAAGCUGAACAUUUCUGGUUUGAAAGUGUUAUUGUUGAUGAUGAUGAUGAUCAAUAGGAAUAUGUUUGAUAACAGUUUUUACAUGAUGCAAAUUUUUUUUAUUAUUUUUUUUGUAUCUAUCUGGACCUAAUAUAUUACCUGGUAAUCAAAAGAAUUUCCGUUAAGACGAAGAUGUAUUUUUAUCAACAACAGAACUGUUUUAUAAUUCCGGUACAGCUCGUAGAUAUUCUUCCUUCGAAACUGUACGAAAAAAGCAAUGCUAUAUUUAUGAAGAUAAAGAGUAAUACUAUCUACAGUAUAUGUUUCGAAAAAAUUUGAUCUAUUAUUCAUAAGAAUAUUUAUUAAUUGUGCAGAUAAAGAUAUAGAUGAAGAUAAUGGAACAUCAGGUGAAAUUGAAGAACAUUCAGAAGAAUUCAUCACUGAAUGGCAAUCUAAUUUAUAA